AUGUGUCCUCGGCAGCUCGCUGACGAGUACUUUGCACCUUUGCUCGAACGGUUCUUCCAAGUUAGUUUGUCUACCCAGAGCCGCCUAUCCAUCAGCCACGACGACUUUAUCGCAAUGCAAGUGUACGGUGAAGGGUUAGAAGCAGGUCAACGCGUCCUCGAAUUGACCACACCAUUGGCUAUGGCGGGAAUCUCAAUAUUUUUCAUAUCGACCUAUUAUGCCGACUAUAUUAUAGUACCCUUUAAAAGCAAGGCACAGGUUAUCGAAGCUCUGGAAAACCGUGGUUUCAAGUUCGAAAUUUCGACUGAGGCCUUCAUCAACAAUAACCAGUCAUCAGCGAACAGUCCGUUCAGCCCUAUCUCGUCGCUUUCCGCUAGCACCUUGAGCUCUCCACCGGCCACACCUCCACCAUCCUCCCUCAACGAACUGCAAAAGCGCACUUUCUCCUCAUUACGCCGAAACAAUAUCAUACCUUACGUCGAUACUUCACUACGUUUAGUACAAUGUGCGGCCCAUCAUCCUUUCAGCAACGACGAGAGCUCUAUCGCCAUUCUGCGCGACGCCCUUACAACAGCACUAGUUGUUGAUAAGCCUCGAUUUCUCUCUCUCACCUUGACCGCCGCAGACCCAGCAGCGUCGCUGCUCCUGGAGCAGCGCCUUCUACCUCGUUUCUCAAGUGACCCAACUUCUCCCGCGGAUGAGGACGAAGAUUCCAGUCUCCUCCUCGGCUCAAAGGAGGAUAUUCUCUUCCCUAUCAUGCUAGAUCUCCGCAAGCUCCCACUAGAAGCUACCGGCAUUGUCUGCGGGGUCGCCAGUCGAUUAGCUGACGCCACGCACAACCGCAGCGAAGACAGUCUUACGGCAUCAUCUACUCUUUCCGUCGACAGCUCCAGCCCUACAUACGAAAGAUCAACCCAAUACGUCGACAUCCCAAUGCCGAACGGCGCUCGCGCUGCAUCGAAACCUAGCAAAAGUCACAGCCCCGGUCGAAAAGUGAACGGAAAUGGCAUCAGCCCACCCACCCAUCGUCUCCAGCCUGAUUUCGAUUCAGCCUUUGACGCCGUCGAGAUAAGUUUUCUGAGCACCGCGCGCGCGGGAACCAUCAUUGUUGGCGAGCACGAACUCCACCGCGCUAUGGAUGCCUUGGAGGCUGAAAGCCACGAGCCUGAGAAGGGAAUCGAGGCGUUGGUGAUCUAA